AUAGAAAAUAACAAGGGAAUCGUCAAAGGAUUUAAAAGGUGGAUCGACGACGAGGGAAGAGGCUACUGCCGUCCGAUCAUGAAUCGGAGCGAAAAGAGGGAGCUGCUGCUGCUGCUGCAGAUCAUCAGUUCUACACGGAUAGGUCUCCACAAGAAACCAACGCCAUGGUUCAGGCCCUACCUCGAGUUAUUGCAGACGAUAACAAUCCAUUGCUUGUUCAAUUUCAUCAUCAUAAUACUCAACACCAAGAAACUCAACCUCAAGGAAAGAUGAGGAGGAUGCAAUAUAGAGGUGUUCGGCAACGGCCAUGGGGCAAAUGGGCGGCUGAAAUAAGAGAUCCGACCAAAGCUGCUCGCGUUUGGCUCGGAACCUUCGCAACAGCUGAAGCGGCCGCCGUGGCUUACGAUGAAGCAGCUCUUAGGUUUAGAGGAAGCAAAGCAAAGCUUAACUUCCCUGAAAGAGUUCAUCGAACACCCGUAUCCGGUUGUCUCACAACUAGCCAUGAAGCCGAACUUGAGGCCGUGGCGCCACCGCUAGCAUUACUUCCUUCUCCAUCGCCACUUUCUCAACCCAGUAUGUCCUAUCAGUACGCACUGAUACAGGCAGACGUUCUUGGAGGUGGAAGCAAUGGUCUAAACUGUUGUUUACAAGGUGGUGGCUAUGGAGCAGUCGCCACGGCUUUCACUUCACACUCCACAACUCUGUCUUCGUCUUCCUCAACGUUAACUUCUUCAUCCGCCUACGGUGGUUCUUCUCCAACUCCGAGUUCGGAUCCUCCUAAGCAUACGAGAGAGUAUUAUGAUUAUUAAUAUUCAAGGGAAUAGUAUAAUCGAUUGCAGGCUUGCUUCGUAGUUUUGGAAACAAAUUA